GGCCGCGGCAGCCGCGGCGCCUCGGGAGAGACCAUGUCGUGAGCGGGGGGGGAGCGCGGGAGGGGGGGGGGCGGCGCGGGGCGCAGGCGGCUCCCAGUGCUCUGAGCGUGUUCCUGAGGGAUUGAGGGACGGAUCCCGGCGGAGAGGAAUAGUUAUCUGCUUAGUCUCAUCCUUCAUAUUUGGCAAUCUGAAGAAAAGGUCUGAGCCAGCAUGAAGACAGAAUCCCCUCUUCAUUAGAGAAAAACUUUCUGCCCGCCGCAGUUCAUUUCCAGGCGUGCACGAUGACAGAGCGUGGCAUUAAAUGGGCCUGUGAGUAUUGUACAUAUGAGAAUUGGCCUUCUGCAAUCAAGUGCACCAUGUGUCGUGCCCAGAGACCCAGCGGGACGAUCAUCACCGAGGAUCCUUUCAAGAGCGGCUCCAGCGACAUCGGCAGGGACUGGGAUCCCGCGAGCACCGAGGGAGGGAGCAGCCCUUUGAUCUGCCCCGAUUCCAGCGCGAGACCCAGGGUGAAAUCAUCCUACAGCAUGGAGAGUGCAAAUAAAUGGUCGUGCCACAUGUGCACGUACUUGAACUGGCCACGAGCUAUCAGGUGUACCCAGUGCUUGUCCCAGCGCAGGACCCGCAGCCCCACGGAGUCCCCUCAGUCCUCAGGCUCCGGCUCCAGACCCGUCCCCUUCGCCGUGGAUCCGUGCGAGGAGUACAAUGACAGAAACAAACUCAACACAAGGGCUCAGCACUGGACUUGUUCUGUUUGUACAUAUGAGAACGGGGCCAAGGCCAGGAAAUGUGUGGUGUGUGACCACCCCAGACCCAACAACAUCGAAGCAAUAGAACUGGCGGACACUGAAGAGGCUUCUUCCAUCAUAAACGAGCAGGACAGGGCUCGGUGGAGGGGCAGCUGUAGUAGUGGUAAUAGCCAAAGAAGAUCUCCACCGACAACCAAACGUGAAUCUGAGGUGAAAAUGGACUUCCAAAGAAUUGAAUUGGCCGGAGCUGUUGGCAGCAAGGAGGAGCUUGAAGUUGACUUCAAAAAACUAAAGCAAAUAAAAAAUAGAAUGAAAAAGACUGACUGGCUGUUCCUAAAUGCUUGUGUGGGAGUUGUGGAAGGCGAUUUAGCUGCUGUGGAAGCCUACAAGUCCUCUGGAGGGGACAUUGCCCGGCAGCUGACGGCGGACGAGGUGCGGCUGCUGAACCGCCCGUCCGCCUUCGACGUGGGCUACACGCUGGUGCACCUGGCCAUCCGCUUCCAGAGGCAGGACAUGCUGGCCAUCCUCCUCACCGAGGUAUCCCAACAUGCAGCCAAGUGCAUUCCUGCCAUGGUGUGUCCGGAGGUGACGGAGCAAAUCCGCCGUGAAAUCGCUGCCUCUCUCCACCAGCGGAAGGGAGACUUUGCCUGCUAUUUCCUGACUGACCUCGUGACAUUUACGUUACCUGCAGAUAUUGAAGAUUUACCACCCACAGUCCAGGAAAAAUUGUUUGAUGAAGUACUUGACAGAGAUGUUCAGAAAGAGCUGGAGGAGGAGUCUCCCAUCAUUAACUGGUCCCUGGAGCUGGGGACACGCCUGGACAGCAGGCUGUACGCACUUUGGAACCGCACGGCCGGGGACUGCCUGCUCGACUCCGUGCUCCAGGCCACCUGGGGCAUCUACGACAAGGACUCCGUGCUGCGCAAGGCCCUGCACGACAGUUUACACGACUGCUCCCACUGGUUCUACACACGCUGGAAAGAGUGGGAAUCGUGGUAUUCCCAAAGCUUUGGUUUACAUUUCUCCUUGCGGGAGGAACAGUGGCAGGAAGAUUGGGCAUUCAUUCUCUCUCUUGCCAGCCAGCCUGGAGCGAGUUUGGAGCAGACACACAUUUUUGUACUUGCACAUAUUCUUAGAAGACCAAUUAUAGUUUAUGGAGUAAAAUAUUACAAGAGUUUUCGGGGAGAAACAUUAGGAUAUACCCGCUUCCAAGGUGUGUAUUUGCCCUUGUUAUGGGAACAGAGUUUUUGUUGGAAGAGUCCCAUAGCUCUGGGCUACACGAGGGGCCAUUUCUCCGCCCUGGUUGCCAUGGAGAACGACGGCUAUGGCAAUCGCGGCGCUGGUGCUAAUCUGAACACUGACGAUGAUGUUACUGUUACUUUUCUACCCUUGGUGGACAGCGAGAGGAAAUUAUUGCACAUUCACUUCCUUUCUGCUCAAGAGAUCGGCAACGAGGAGCAGCAGGAGAAGCUGCUGCGGGAGUGGCUGGACUGCUGCGUGACCGAGGGAGGCGUGCUGGUGGCCAUGCAGAAGAGCUCCCGCCGCCGCAACCACCCGCUGGUCACGCAGAUGGUGGAGAAGUGGCUCGACCGCUACCGGCAGAUCCGGCCCUGCACGUCGCUGUCCGACGGCGAGGAGGACGAGGAUGACGACGACGAGUGAGGGAAUAAAGUGCACGUGAGCAGCGCAGGGCGCGUGGCCCCGAGUGAGCGUUGUGCUUAGAGUGGGUGUGAGCGGCCCGGGUCUGGGGGACACGUGCUGGGAAGGAUUCUCCGACGGCACUGGGAGAGGAUGGACGCUCAUCCUGCUGCCUGGAGAGGGCCCAGUGGGCUGGACUACAGUUUGUAUAAGAACACGAAAAAGAAACAAAAAACAGCUAAUUUUAUUAUCAAGAUGGAAAAAAAAAAAAGAAACAACAAACCAAACCAACCCCAUUUUUCUUUCUGACUGUAAAUCUGUCUAUAAAUGUACCGCAUGUGGUUGUGUAAGAGGUUGUGUAAUAGGAAACGUAUACCAGCAUCUUAAUUAUUGCAGAGAAAUUUUUCAACUGAGGGCACUUCUGAAAGCACAUGUGAGCUGGAUGGAUAUCUCCUCCCUCUGAGAUUGUUUUGCAGUAGAACCUGGCCUUCUCCAUCACCUUUUAGAUACUCUGACACAUUUCCCUGAAAGGCCCUUUUCCUGUGAAAUCUCACUAGUGCCCAGGUCAGAUUGUGAGAGGUUUUUUUUUGGUUUGCACAGAUAUCCACAGCAAGUCCUAAGCAAAAAUACAUUUGUUAUUUUACUAAUAUUUUAGUUAUUGCUGUGCCCACAUAAUAAAGCACGGAACAAACUGGAAGAGAAGCUAAAUUUUCAUUGAGUGAAAUGAUUUGUUUCCUGAAAAAGCUUUUUGGGAUUUUUUUUGCCUUUUUUUUUUCUUUCAAUAGUUAAUAGAUUCCUUUUAGUAUACGUAAGGAUAUUUAUUCAGAGAAGUGACCUAAAAGAUAGGGAUUUUAUUCCUGUGAGCAUACACUAAACAAAAUUGUGUGAAAUCUGAGACCUUGAACACAAAUGAGAAUCUAAUCUUCUCAAAACUCCGUCUUGCUGUGUUACAAAUUAUAUCAUUUUAUCAUUUAUUCUUUGAUCACUCAAACUUUGCUGCAAAUGAAAAAACACCUUUUUAAAGGUUACUCCUCGGUCACUAAAUCUACUGAGAACCCACUUGGCAGUUCUAAUUAAAAAGAAGAAUCUAUGCUCAAGUUGUUUAAAAGCACUGUUAUAUAUUUCUCAGUAUGUAAACCUGGGAAUUUCUUGCAUGUUGAUUGAUGUGGCCAUACUUAAACUUAUGUAAGUUCCUAAGACUGUAAGUUCAGAGUAUAUUCUCCAGUAGAAAUUUUAUUAUAUUUGAUAACUUUAGCCAUGUAACCUGUAAUGGAUAAAGUUUAUCUAAAAAUCUCACUGAAACACUAAAGGUUAAUGCCAGUUUUUACAUAUACAGUGCAAUUCAGGUUGUCUUGAAAAGCACUUUUGAUGAUGUUGUGGUUGAAUAAGAAAUUUUGCAGUAGAUGAAAUUGUUUUAAUUAGAAUUUGGAAAGAAGCCCCAUAGCACCUAUUUUUAUGUAGUUCAGAGCUAUGGAAACCCUGAGGAACUUGCUGCUUUUUCUUCCAAAUGCUGCUUAGAUGGUGUUGAAACGUGCACAACUCCUACAGAAACUUGGUGACGACACCAAAAGUAAAGAAAUAAUGAAGUACUGUAUUAAUUUUGCAAUUUUCCCAUCCUAGAUUCCACUGAGGUUUAUUAUGUCCACCCUUUUUGGCCAUUAGAUUUCCUCUGCUUGGUGCAUGCCCAGAUUUCCAGGUGAAGGAUGAAUGCUGCUCUGCCCUGUGUGAGUGACCCAAAUUCACCACCCACCCCCAGAUACUGCAGGGGUUCUUCAUGAGCGCACGGUCCUGGCUCAAGUUCCCUUUCUGAACUGGGAUAUUUUUUUUUUGUCCUUACCUUGCAGUGAAAUCCUUUUAUAGCUUGUCUAGCUGAGGAUGUAAAGCUGUUCUGUCAGGGGAGCUGAAUGCAGGGUAAGCUGGGAUGAGGAUUUCCGUGCCCUGAGCUGCCUGCGCCGUGUGCUGGAGUGGUUCGUGUGUCGUGCUGUGACCAAGGGCUCCUAACUGAGCCAGCCUGAGGAGCUCUCAGCCAGUGGCCAGGCCUGUAACCUCAGGUCCCAGCCUGCCCCUGACCAGCUGCCCUGUGCACAGGAGGAAAAGCCCCCGAUUCCAUGAGCUGUUCCACGGAUGCUGUGGAGUUUUCAGCCCACACCCCUGUUCUUUUGGCAGCGCUGUUCCGUUCAGGGAAGCGAAGGGGAGUCCUGAGGGGAGGAUUCCCAAUGUGAAAGUCUGCCUUGAGCCAAGCUGGCCCAGCUCUGUGCCCCGCUGUCCUGCUGUCCCUGGGCAGCCUGCACUGUGCCUCUGUCCCCAGCCCUCCCAGAGCAGAGGGUCCCCGUGGUCAGUUCAGCUGUUCUCAGUCGCACGCACCAAUGGAUUUCUUGUUCUGCUCCGACAGGACAGUCCUGGUACUUUGGAUCACUUGGCUUCCUUGAUCAUUACUGUUUCGUUCUGAUGUGCUGUACAGUGGUCUGGUCAGGUUCACAGGCUCCACAGGCCCUUUGGGAACUGGUGAAGUGUCUUUUCCAGAAUCAGAGCAAUCCCAACCUCCUGUACCCGCAGAUUAAAGAGCUGCAACCCCCGGCUUCGUGCUCGCACCGCAGUCAGUGUAUGUCAGUGGCUCCUCAGUCACACCCCUGAAAAUGUACAGACACUGAGAUGGAUCUGCACACACUCCCCUGCAGCUUGUCAGCAAGUUCUGCACUGUCAGCCUUGAAAAUACAGAUCAAAAAUUGGGUUUCUCAGUGUUAUUUUCCUCAUACAUUGCUCGCAGCAGCACACGCUUUCCUAGCACAGAACUUAGCUUUUCAUUGCUACCUCCUUUACAGCUGGUCAGGUUUUUUUUCUGGUUUUAUUUAUGACUUCCUCAGUGAAAAUCCCUGUAUUUCUUUUGUUUUUAAUAUAUUAAAAUUUAGUAAUUCUGGAUUCUUCCAAAGUUCCGCUGCAUGGCUUAUGGCAAAUCCCCCUGAGUUGCAUUUCCUCCGUUAUCCAGGUUGGUCUGUGUGUUUGGAGACCUUGUUUAAUUGCCGCUUUUGAUUUUUCCCCCUUUUAUUCAGUAACUUCCCCCAAUACCCUCUUUUAGAAGGUUUUAUUUAGUGUUUAUCACCUUGAAGCUGUUUGUUUUAAGCUACUCUGGCAUCUCUGGAGUUCUCCCUGGAGAAAGAGAAGAUUAUCCCAGGAGAGCCUUUGUGCCUGCCUCCCCUGAGCGGGACAGCAGCAGCACGGCCCUGUCAGCCACAAACCUUCAGCAGCCACUGCUCCUCUCCCAUUGCUCUGCCCAGUCAUUUUCCCUCUGAGAGCUGCAGCUCCUGGUGGCUCCCAGCUGUGACACUCUUCCCUUUCCGCUCCAGCAGCUCCCAUCCUUGCAUGUUUUGCUGGUGUCCUCCCUGCAGGCCCUUGUAACCCUUGGGAUGGCUUCACCUCUGCUCCCGUUGAGCUUGUGGCACCUCUGUCCUGGGUUUUGGCUGGAAGGGAAGUUGGUGUUGGAUGGAAGCUCCAGCGUGUUCUGGGCUCGCAGUCACUGCUGCCACGUGGAUCCUGCGGCGCAGGGAGGUACCGGGUUAUUGAGGAACAAAGCACCAGGCUCAUUUAUUUUUAAAACAACUCUAACUUAAUCAUCAAUUAAAUGUUUUCCUGUUGGUUUUGAUGGUCAUUUCAGUGUCUCCCAAACACCUCCCCUGCAUCUGACCUGUUUUAUCCCAGUUUCUCUGAGAUCAUGGAUAAUUCACUGCUGGGCUGUGCUGAGCACUGACAAGGAGCAAUCACUCUGUAACAGGUGACCUCUUUUUUAGAUGUUUGAAGCUGGUAACCAAGUUUUCAGUUUAAUUUAAAGCAAACAAAAUACAGAGUUUUAUAACUUGGACACUUUGGUUUCAGCCUUUUUUAGUCCCCAUCUAACUCCGUGUGUGUGGCACUUGAACAGUGUGAAAGAAGGGUGGAAACAAGAACAGGCCUUUUGCCUGGUGAGGCUCAAAGCCACCAGCACCUCUUGAGCACUUUUUUGGCUUUAUUUUUCAAUGGUUUGAUAAUGCUUCAGCUCUUGAGAAUGUACAGAAAACGUUUGAGUUGCAGCUGCCUUUGUAGCUUAGUGGAAACCCACAGUGAUCUCUCCAUCACAGAAAGGUCUGAGUUGGGAGGGACCUUCCCCUCCCACUGGACUGUAAAUAUUCACCAAGGGUGACCAGAAUUAUGUUUCUGUACCUUACUGUUACCUCUCAGUGUCUCCAAGCCCCAGACUGCAGCGAGAGCUCUUUGCCUUUCAGAAAUUAUAGAAAUUUUAUCACUUUUUAUUGAAAACUGCACUGAACGCUAAAUGUCCACCUUUACAAUAAACAAAUACAGUAACGGUAACACACUAAAACAAAACAUACUGAUAGCCAUUGGUUUCUUUUUUUGUCUGUUUGGGACAGCUCAAGAUUUCUUUUUUUUUUUUUUUUUGUCACAGAAACAGGAAUGUACCCAUACAAAGGCUCAAAACAGGCCAUCUUUAAAAACAAAAAGGCGAUGAUUCACAAAAGACUAUGAAUAUAACAUGUAACUAGUGGAUACAAAUCUAAUAGGAUUUGUUAAAAUCAGUCACAUCUAAUAACACAUCUUGAAGUGUUCUUGUAUAAAAUAUCACGUGAAGAAAAGAAGACUUUUAUCAAUGUCUAAAAAAGUGGAUUUUGUUCAUAGACAGUCUGACAAGUUACCAUAAAAAGUGUUUCCUGAGACAUAAGGAAAUGCAACAUUAUUCUUGAACCCUUUCCAGCUCAAGACUUUUUCCACUUGAUAAAAUAGCUGCAGAUUUAAAACUGAGAAAAUAUAUUUGAGUACAAAUAGUGUGUGAAACUUAAUACUUUCUUCUUUUUUUCCAUUUUUUUUUUCCUUUUUUUUUCUUUUAUUUUUUUCUUGCAUCAUUGCAGGGCGUAGGUGGAUGCACAGCUACUUUAUUCAGUGUGUUGGGCAGAGAAGAGUCUGGCAGUUUGGUUUUCCUUAGCCUGGGAGGGCAGUGGGCAGUGCCAGGAGCCCUUUCUGCCCUCCCCAUCCCACAGAUCCUGGCUGGAAUGGCUGGAACUUAGACCUGGCAGGAGAACUCGUGUUACACAGCACUGGCCCUGUGAGACUGCAAACAGGAGGAGGAGGGGGAGGAUUUUCUUUUUUUUUCUUCCACUUCUAAGCCAGGACUGCUGCCCCCAGUUAGGAGAGGUCACCAGAUGCAAGAGAAAGGAAAGGGCUGAAGCCACACAAUGGUUUCUUGUUAACUCUGUAACGAUGGCUUAGUUCAGUGG